GGUGAAUCCCAAGCCAACCGGACUAUCUCGUUGAUUGGCUGAUUCGGUCACGUGGCCAUGACAGUCCGGUCGCUCCACUUCCGCUAGUUAGCUCUGACAGGAAGCUAGCGGCGUUAGGAAACAUCGUCGGCUACGAACCAAAAAAAAAAGGGCAGGCUGUGCGAGGACUGGAGCUCCAUGGCCGACUGGCCGUCCAUAGCAACCCUGAACAAAUGAGCAUGUGACUUAGUAGCAGGGUCUGCACCUCAUGAUCUGGACUAGUAGAGGAAGCCUAAAUCAAUCAGUGAAACAGCAAGCAGCCAUGUCGACAAAAACAUCCCUGUUGAAAGUUAUCCUACUGGGCGACGGUGGCGUGGGAAAGAGCUCCCUCAUGAAUCGCUACGUCACCAACAAGUUUGAUGCGCACCUUUUCCACACCAUCGGCGUGGAGUUCCUGAACAAGGACCUGGAGGUGGACGGCCACCAGGUCACUCUGCAGAUUUGGGACACCGCCGGUCAGGAGCGCUUUCGCAGCCUGAGGACUCCUUUCUAUCGAGGCUCCGACUGCUGUUUGCUCACCUUCAGCGUCGACGACAGCCAGAGUUUCAUCAAUUUAGGCAACUGGAAGAAGGAGUUCAUCUAUUACGCAGACGUCAAAGAGCCAGAGAAGUUCCCUUUUGUGAUUUUGGGCAACAAACUGGAUGUGGCGGAGCGGCAGGUGUCCACCGAGGAGGCGCAGCAAUGGUGCCAGGAGAACGGCAACUACCCGUAUUACGAGACCAGCGCCAAGGACGCCACCAAUGUAGCAGUGGCCUUCGAGGAGGCGGUGCGCAGAGUUUUGGCGAUAGAUGAGCGAGCGGACCACCUCAUCCCCACGGACACGGUCAAGCUUCACAGAAAGCCUCGCUCUGCUGGCACCUGCUGCUCAUAACACCCAGGUGGUGAUGAGUAGCAUUCAUAAAUAAUGAUAGGUGUACAAAACUGCAUUACAUUGUAUUACAACUAAUAACAUUGAAUCAGGGUUUGCUUACCGUUGGGAUCACUAUAAUAGAAGCACUACUAAACGUGUCUUAUAAUAAACAUGAACGCACUGAAUCACUCCGCUUGACGCCAGUACAAAGGUCAGAUGAAGAAGAAAUAUUUCAUAUAAACUUUGUGUGGGUACCUAGAAAUCUGUAGCUUUGUACUACCUACAAGUACAAUUAUGUGAUAAUAUAGAUGAAAAUCUGAUUCAUGUUAAUAUGUAUCUUUUAAAUUAAGCCGCAUUCACAUGUCUUGUUGCUAAAGCAGUUAUGUUACUAACAAAGGUAUUGAUUUUGACACUUGUUUGCACACAUGCCUGCCUUGUGAAUUUAGAGCAUUAUUGAGUUUUUAAUGCACUAAUGUACUAACUUCCAAAUCCUGAUAAAAUACAAAACUGGAAGCAUUUGUUCUGUAUUUUUCUCUCACAUAAUUGCACGUACAAAGAACUAGAAGUAGAGGAAAGUGUUAUUGAGCGUUCUGGCUAUUGAUAGAACCUGAAAUAAUUUAGACUUUGUUUUGUAUAAUACAAUUGAAGGUCUGCUGUUUUUUUGCAUUUCCUUUUUUUUUAUGUCAACCAAUGAAUAAAGUGUCUGGGAAUCUUGA